GGUGGCACGGUGUAGCUCAGGUUUAGGCUCAGGUUGUCUCAACAUGGCUCGGGUUUAGCCUCAGUCCCACCAUCGGCAGCGUACAUCAGUCAGUCUAGUUUCAGUCCGUGCUAGUGUAUCGGUCCGAAUUUGCUGAGCUCGUCGGCCAACAGGUGUUUGGAUUUUUCGACCACAGCACCUAUGCCUUACGAAAAUUACAUGAAUAGAAUCUGAAUCAGUUCUAAAGUGGUUGAGAUACUUUAUCGAUUAAGACUUCUGCGGGCUCUUUGAUGCAUUUUUUGCUCAACCCCUCGACCGAGUAAGAUACAAAAAAUUACGUUAAUGACCGCGAAGUUUCAUUAUCGAUCCGACGUUCUGAAUGCGAAUAACCUUUCGAAUGAGUGAUUUUAUCGAAUAUGAUUAAUUAAGCAGAUUUCAGGUGAUCUGUGCAGAUGUAGUGAUCUCUGCCUGUUAACUUAUAACGGUAAAAAUGCAACUAGUACCGAGAGUGCAGUGCAGUUUGCGAUCAUCCUAUCGGGAACGGGGAUUAGCUGGUUUUCUGGUGUAGAGUGGCUGGUACUUGGCGAACCGGGAAAGGUGGUUGAACAAGUUGACUUCCUUAUUUCUGAAUUUAAUCGCGAUCGGGCAAUUGUAUGAAGCAAUUUACGACAUCCUCGGUUUAAUGCCGAAAACCUGUACAAAGUGAGUUGCAGUGAUUAUGGCCGUUGCUGGCGGUGUUAGUGCUUCGCUCGUGCAGUCCAGUACACCUUCAGUGGGCACCUUGGCCAUAUACGAACGCCUGUACCUGUAUGACGAAUGACCUCCUUCGCAGUGAUUGGUAAUAUCGUUGAGGUAGCCUUAUAGGCUGGAAAUUGGGUUAUCGAUACAACAAGUUGCGAAAUUUGGACUGAUUGCAGCCGAUGCAAUCGGGCGACGACGACGGUCUCUAUAGAAUUUUGCAGAAGAAUAAAGUGAGUGUUGUGCAUUUUGUUGCUGUGGAGUUCUUGUGGUGAAUGUGAACGUGAUAUGAUUCUGCUCUUUGCAUUUGUUCAGUUACUUUACGCAUGAAUUGCAAAUUGGAUUACGAGCAUUGGAUUUCAACUUGCAGGAAUAUUAUCAGGUGCUGUGUACGGGGCUGAUCUCGAGUGCUGCCCAUUCGGAAUAUAUCGCAACCAAGAAACAUUUAAUGAUUCACGCAUGUACCAUACCGGCAAGAUAAAUAGCUUCGUCUCAGAGCACCUACUAGGCUUUAAACGACAAUAACUAAUUCAUCAAAGUGAUUUCUCGAAAACGAGUUAUUGCCAUCACCAGCGGUCCCAAGUGUAAUUUUUCAACGUUUCGCGGUUUUCAAGCGGUGCCAGUGCUAUCGGAAAUUUCAGUGUUAAUUUUUGCGUAAAUUAUAAGAUAAAAAGUAAAGAAAAUAUCUCCUAGAUACAUCGUACAUCCGUCUUGCAAUUUUCAUGUCAGUUAUAGUGAAUGAUCCCAAUAUUCAGUUUGUUAACGUUCAGUUAAGGAUAAACGCGAUCGGGUUGAGUUAGUUCUUUGUCUGCCGCCAUCAUCAUCCAACCUGGGCUGGCCAACUGUUUGCAUGCAGUUGAACGCCACAAGUAAUUGUUCACUUCAUCGAGAUCAUAAAAUGGAUCAGAUCAUGGCGAAAUCGAAAAUUAUCGUUGAAAAUUACUGCUAUCGGAAAGCCUAGAUAAGAUCACAAUAUAAUCAACUUGCAAGAUAGAAGGAGGAGUAUCUAAGUGCCGUGUAGUUGGCGGAUAUACCGAAGACAAGCAAGGAUCGUCCAGAAGCAGGAGUAGGUUCAGGCUGCCAGUAGGAGCCGCGGAGAACGGAUAAGAUUCUCCACCCCGGGUAUAACCCGUGUGCAGUGCAUGCGAAGCAGAUGAAAAUAGCAAAUUAUUUUUAUAAAAAAUGGAAUUGGUACGAUUUGCAUUAGCCGUUCUGCUAAUAGUUUGCCAUAAUGCUAAGGGAAUGUUCGGUCGCUCGCAAAUGUGCGAGGUGGAAACCGGUCAGACCAACAUCAUAUUGGAUAUCGAGGAAAGUCGAGGAAAUUACGUCGGCCAACACACAACACCACCCGAUCUACCGAUAUUCGGUGACCCUUACACGGAUAUAGCUCUCGAGCUGAUAUUCCCCAAAGGUAAUCCAAUAUUCAUCCUGAAUGGGAAGCAACUGCAAUUACUUCGGCCGCUCGAUCGCGACGAGGAGAAUCUUAGCCAUAUCGUGUUUCAGAUUUCCUGUACAAUUCGAACAACUCGAAAGAAACGCAAUAUUCCGAUUAUUGUUCGUGUUUCGGAUGUAAAUGAUAAUGCCCCGGAAUUUGAGAACACGCCGUAUGAAGUUACGGUGCCAGAGUCAACACCGGUCGGUACAACGAUCUUUCGCAAUAUCCAUGCCGUGGAUAAAGAUGCCGGCGUUAACGGUUUAGUUGAGUAUUUUCUUGUGGAAGGAUCAGCUAAUAUGACCGAUGACGAUACAUUAACCGCGGCUGAUGGCUACGGGACAUUCGAAAUAGCGUUUCCGCAUCAAGGACAGGUCACCGUUGCGAAAACCUUGGAUUACGAGCGAAUUCAACGAUACUACCUGACUGUUAUUGCUUCGGAUCGUGCUCGAAAUGUAUCAGAACGUCUAACUUCAACAGCAACCCUCACCGUCAACAUCGCUGAUUCAGAUGAUCUGGAUCCUUCAUUUAUCUACCGUGGAUGCGUCCUUCUCGACGGAGCCUGUAUCAACCCAGAAUAUACUGCAUCAGUACCUGCAGGUUCCCUCCAAGGAGUGCUCACUGUAUCUCCAGAGCGCAUCCAAGCUGUCGACUUGGACACAAUCAGUUCCCUAAUUAAGUACUCAUUCUUGAGUGGCACUCCUGGAAACUAUGGAGAUUACUUUGAGAUUGAUGAGCAAACUGGAAUACUAAAGCAGACCAAAGCAAUAGAUACUUCUACAGCAAAACGCUACGACAUCAUUGUCAAAGCGGAAGAAGUUUCAGAAGCCAAACGCUUCACUACCGCUAAAUUAACAAUUUUCGUUAAGCCAGUCGACGCGAAUCCUCCAGUUACAGAAGCAAGUAGCUUGGUUGGGUAUGUGAACGAGAACUCAGCGAUCGGAACCAAAGUCUUGGAUGAGAAUGGAAAGCCAAUUUCAUUCCGUACCACCGAUGCAGACUUAGCAGACAAUGAAUCCAAACCAGAAUACAUCUAUGAGCUAACAACACCAUACUUCAGUGUCUCCAAAGACAACAUUUUAGUGGUAAACGAAGGAAGCCUGGAUCGUGACCCUCCCAGCCCUGGUAAAUUCACAUUCCAAGUAGUAGCCCGUGAAGCUAACAGCAAUGCAGCCAGUGCUCCCCUAAGUCUCACAGUAAUCUUAAAAGAUGUUAACGACAAUGCACCCAAGUUACCCGUUAUACCGCCCGUCGCAAUUACGGCCGGUAAUGAACGUCGCCUACUGACCAAAGUAACAGCCACAGACAAUGACGAAGGCGAGAAUGCGGUGGUCACCUAUUCCAUUUAUCACGUGUCGAACAAUGGCGGAACGAAAUUUAGUAUUGACAAAACGACCGGCGAGAUUGAAGCACUUGGACGUCUAAUAGCCGGCGAACAAUAUAGUAUCACGGUGCAGGCUACCGACGCGGGUGGAUUGUAUUCGCAGGCUAUUGUUGAGGUUACUGUUAAUCCAGGUCCCAAUACGAAGCCGCCAAGGUUUCUGAAACCAGUGUAUGAAGUGCAGGUUAGCGAAGGAGCCGAAAUCAAUUCCACUGUAACCGUAGUGAAAGCUGAAGAUCCUGAAAAUGACCCGGUCACAUAUAAAAUAAUGUCCGGAAACGAUCUCCGCCAAUUUGCUAUUGGGGCUGAAACCGGCGUAAUAACAGUCAUCCGAAAACUGGAUCGUGAAAGUUUAACACGAUACCAACUCCUAAUCAAAGCUGAGGACAAUGGUCGACUAUCAAGUAGUUCCACGGUUAACAUAAAAGUAACCGACAUCAAUGAUAAGAAUCCUGAAUUCGAUGAGUCCACCCUUCCGUACAUGUUCAAAGUAGACGAGGGCAAGGAAGAUGCUUUUGUUGGUGUCGUACACGCUACCGAUGCGGAUGAAGGAAUUAACGCCCAAAUCACGUACUCAGUGCCCAAUAAUAUUCCAUUCACGAUCAACCCUGAGAGCGGAGAAAUUAGAACUAAUGUGGCUUUGGACUAUGAGACGAAGAAGGAAUAUGUUUUCGUUGUUACCGCGAAGGAUGGAGCUCCUGAUGCUCGCUUGGGGACAGCAAGUGUUACUGUACAAGUUACAGAUGUGCCGGAUGAGGUUCCGAAAUUUGCUGAAAGUUGGUUGGAAUUACACGUGCCCGAGAAUGUACCAGAUAUGAUAAUAGCAACGGUCAAGGCAGAAGAUCCUGAUACGGUAAAGGAGAUCACAUACUAUAUCAAGGACGGUCCAACUGAACUUUUCAAAGUCGACCCCAAUACAGGACAAUUAAAAACAGUUCGUGCUUUAGACUAUGAAAAAGACAAAAGCCAUUUGCUGAUAAUAGGUACCCGCGAGAACCAAGGUGACAGCACAGGCGAUUUCAUCCGCGUCAAAGUAGAAGUUGACGAUCGCAACGAUAUCCCGCCAGUAUUUGUAUCCGUUCCAGAACCUGUGACUGUGAACGAUGACCAACCCAUAGGAACAAUGAUUGGUGCCAUGCCAGCUAUCGAUGCCGAUGGAACCUCACCAAACAACGUAGUCCGAUAUGAAAUUGUUGGUCGCGGAAAAGCUCUAAAAUACUUCCAAAUCGAUCCUGAUACGGGAACCAUUAGGAUUAGAGAUGAAGUGAGGAAAGAAGAUGAUACAGAAUAUCAAGUGGAUGUACGAGCAUAUGACAUGGGUGAACCGCAGUUAAGUUCAGUAGCGACCCUCCCUGUGUAUAUCCGGCAUGUGCUCAAGGACCCUAAUGAGGCAAUCAUCGAGGCCAAGCACGAUGGAGGGGUUAUCACUAAUCCUGAGACCUUAGGAUUAGCCUUCAGUGACGAUAACUAUUCUAUUGGAGUUCCUGAGACAGCAGGACUGAAUGCUACAAUAAAACUAGUACAAAUCAUUAACUCUAAGAAAGCAACCAAAACAAACGCUGGCUUUAAAUGUGAAAUAAUCAAAGGAAACGAUCUAGAAAUAUUCCGAGUAUCCUUAGAGGACCAUGCAUGUGGAAUCAGUUUAGAUAAACAUCUGGACUUCGAAAAUAAAACCGAACACGAAUUAGUUAUUAAACUCGUCUCACACAAGUACUUUGUAAACCCACAAAAGAGCGUGGCAACGGUUAAGAUUAUUGUUCAGGACGAAAACGACAAUGAGCCCAUGUUUGUAUUCGGCAAAGGACAUCGUGGACGAAAUGAUACCUUCUAUGGUGUUGUGAGUCCAAACGCUGAGGUUGAUAUGCCAAUCCUGCAGGUUAAAGCUGUUGAUAGAGAUUCUGGAAAGUUUGGAAUGAUCAAAUACAAGAUUUAUGAUGAAGAGGACAACACUAUUGGCGAUGAAAGCAUGCCGACAUCAUAUUUCGCUAUAACCGAAGAUACUGGAAUAAUCAAGGUACAACGAGCUCUCAGUGCCGUCCGAGACUUCCCCCUAAUAUUCAUCGUUGAAGCUCGAGAUAACAACGGCGAGGAAGAUGGCUCCCACAAGACUCGAGCUCGUGUUGUUAUCAAUCAAAUAACAGACGCGAAUAGACUAACUCUCCUUUUCUCGGACUCAACACCAAAUGAAGUUCGGACUCACUAUCUUGAACUUCAGGACCUCCUUAAUGAGAAAUCAAAUGGACCUAUUGCAAUCAUAGAGCGAUUUAGUAACCAGAAGUAUCUGAAUGAGAAUGGUACCAUGGAGGAGAAUCCACAAGGAACAGAUGUUUGGUUUUAUCUAAUCGACAAGGAAACAGAAACUAUCUUACUACGAAAUUCAACGCCAGUUAUUUCAACCAUUUUGGAACCCGAAGUGCAGACGGAUAUUAAUUUUGCUGCGUCAGGAAUUGCUCACGCUACAGCACGUGGAAUCUUUGAACCUUUGGAACCUAAGCAUCAAAUACAGAAGGUGAAAGCUGCAGUCGCCAUUAACGAUGAAGUCUUUCCAUAUGCUUUGAUAGUUAUUUCUGUUAUUAUACUUAUAUUGGGCACGAUUGGAAUCAUCUAUAUUUGCGUUUCCUGGUCAAAGUAUAAAAACUUCAAACAACGAAUGCGUCAAUACUCAGCACCUGCAAGUCCAACACGCUACGAUCCAGUUAUCGUAGGAUCUCAAAAUGGCGAUACAGCAGCCAACCUCAAAGAGUAUGAAACUCAAGUCCUAGCCAUGGCUGUCCCCCACGACGGGGAUGACGAACUACAGCUCGACUUUAGUGCAAAGAACCACGCCUUCAGCCUAGACAAUGUCAGCUAUAUAACGCACAAAGAGAACGGUCAAUCUAGCCCGUCCCACUCAGAGGCAACCACCGCUACGACCGCCACAUUGAGACGAAAUAACAAUAACAGUAACAUAAACAAUAACGUUAAUAACAGCAAUCGACAGAAUACUUUCAAUCGAACCCUAGAAAUAAAUCGAAACAACAAUGCGAAUCCACUGGCCAGUGGAACAGGCACUUUGCCAGGAACCUUGACCCUAGGUCGGCUCAAGCAAAAUUCCAACCAUUACCAAAAUGGUGGUUACAAACUUGAUACUUUAGGACGUAAUAAUAAUCAAAUGAUGCCAAAUAAUGCGUACAGCACGCUGGGACGACGUGGAAAUGGUUUUCACCAGAAUAUCGGAUCGCAUAAUGAACUGAUGACGAAUACUUUAGGACGAAAUAAUCGAUUUAAUGAUGUAUCUACGGCGAAUCCACUGUUUCAAAGGUCUAGUCUUGAUCCAAAUCACGCAAGCGCUACAAACGAGAACGUUACCUUUGGCAAGAGGGACUACGCACAGCUAGGAUUUUCGUAUUUGAACGAUUUGGAUAGAUCGGAAGUUGAGACUACAACCGAAUUAUAAAAUAUAAUUAUAGUUUUAAGUGUUGAAACAAUUUUAUUUAAAUGCCAACUUAUAUAAUGUUUAGAUAUUAAUUUUAAACUGCCAUUAUCGCAUUAGGCUUUGAAGAUGUUCAGAGCCGAAAAUCAUGUUGUAUGUAUUUAGUUGAAGACAAAUAUUUUUAUCGUCUGCCAGAAACAUUUGCGAAAAUAGAUAAACUAGAGUUUUAGAUAUUACCUAAAUUUAUUUUUUUAAUAAGAACAAAUCAUGUGUAUACUUUAAAUUAUGCGGUUUUUAUCUUUUCGGGAAUAUUGCAAUACAUUUGGUGGUAGUUGGAGGAAAAGGCAACCUGAAAGCCUUAACUUUUUCGAAAAAAAACUUUUUUAUUUCAAUUUUAUCUAUCUUCUCCAGAUCUUUACCUACGCCCUCGUCUUCCCUCCCCCCUUUCCACCUCCUUGUCAUUAAAUCCUACACUCAAGCCUACUCCAAGCCCAAUUGUAUUGCAAAUCUAGUCUGAAAGUAAUUUAUUUAGAAAAGAAAACUAAAACUAAAGAAAUUUAUUUAGCUCAAAUUUGUAGUUUAACGAGAAAAGAUAUAAAUACCGAAAAGAAUGUAUGAAACUUAAAAGUUUGUGCCGAAUAUAUAUAUAGGCUAAACAUAAACACAAUUUGUUUAUUUUUAGGGACAUUAAUCAAUAAAUUUGUAAAUAAAAUGAAAAUAUAAUAAACGAAUCAAAUUCUUAGUCAUUAGUUAAGCCUAGAAUAAGAUAAAAAUGUACGAUUGCGAAUAAUAUAUGGUUUUAGCUGCAAGCGGAUCUAUUUGUAGUUAAAAAUUAUUGUAAAACAAUAAUACGAAUGUAGAUUUCAAAGCAGAAAAUAUGAGAACAUGUGCAAAAGAAACUUUAGAUAUUUCAGUGUAUAGAAUUGUAAAUAAUAGAUUAAAUAAUGAUAUUAAUUUUUUAUCCUUCCACUGAUACGAACUUCUAAAGGAGCUUCUAUUUAACGAACAAUGUAUAACUUGUAUUCCAUCAUUGCAGAUUCUGUAUCUAAGACGAAAAUCUGAUUUAGGCCUGAAUUGUUGUGCCGAUCUGAAUUUCCCGUGAUACAAAUAGAUUUGCCUUUUUAAGAUAAUUUCCAAAUGAAACCGUAUCUUCUUUAUUUCACAGAGAAAACUUGUUUCUGUAACGCAAUUUGUACUACAAAAUCAGUUAAGAAAAUUGAAUUGUUGUUAUUACUUUAAGCUGAAAAAAGUAUUAUAAUAAUUUCUCUUGAUCCGUUCUUAUGAAUAAAGAAGACAAAUUUUUA